GGGAGAAGGAAGUGUGAGAAGAAAAUAUCAUUAGUGUUCAUCAUUCAUAAUUCAUAACUAAGGAAAAAAAAAAGAUGGGUCUUGGACUUGAGAUCACGGAGCUGAGAUUGGGUCUUCCGGGAGAUGAUGGCGGGAAGAAAGAGACUUUCAAGAAAAGGGUUUUCUCCGAAAUGUCUGCAGAAGGUGAGAACGAAGAAGUCGCCGGAGAUAAGGUGGUAUCGUCACCGGCGGCGAAGUUUCCGGUGGUGGGUUGGCCGCCGGUGUGUUCUUACAGGAGCAAGAACAGCGGCUGGAGGGAUCAGGCUUCGAAAGGGUACGUGAAAGUGAGCAUGGACGGUGUCCCCUAUCUUAGGAAGAUGGAUUUGGGUUCAACCCAUGGAUACGACGAUCUCUCUCUGGCCCUCGAGAAGCUUUUCGGAUGCAUCGGAAUCGGAGUUGCGUUGAAGGAUGGGGAGAAGUGCGAGUACGUUACAACGUACGAGGAUAAGGACGGAGACUGGAUGCUCGCAGGAGAUGUCCCUUGGCAGAUGUUCAUGGAGUCAUGCAGGAGGAUGAGGAUCAUGAAGCGAUCAGAUGCAACAGGUUUUGGGAUCUGCAACUUAGAGGACUAGGGAUUUUCUUACAGAUUCGAUCACAAUCAUAUAAUCCACGAAUGAACGAAUCACUUGAUUCAACACAAAAUCGCAGAUAUAUAGCACGUUUCUGUAUUGUUAUAUUUUAUGUUAUAUGAAUGUUUUGUAUAAGGACAAUUAUAUACACCAUCGUAUACAUGUGUUAUUUGUUUUUCGAAUGUCAAGUUAUGACGUGGAGGAGAUUGUCAA